GACAAAUUUGCUCUUUUGGCAGUUUCGUUAUUUGUAGAGUUGUAAGAACUGGAAAACUGGGUCUUAUAGCUAUUUAUAAAGGCGGGAAUACGGUGGCGGCAAUGUUAUCCUUGUGCAGCUCAAGAUAAAUUGAAGAUUUUAGGUGUCAAUGGAUUUUGACCUUUUUGAUGAUAUGCCCCAAACAGUUAGGGCUGGUGGCAAGUUUCAACCUAAAGCUAAGCCACGACCCUUUGCGAAGAAGAAGAAUGUAGUAGGUGCCACUCAGCCCGUUUCGGCUGUUGAUAUUGUAAAUUGUACUGGAGGUUUUGAAGCAGGAGUUGUGGAUGGUUUUUUGUCUGCUGGUAAAACUGAUAACUGGCAUUCUUGCGUCGAAAAUCCCAUUGGAGAGAAUGCAGACAUAUUUAUUGGUCUGGAAUCACUUGAUGAUGAUAUCCUUCCUAGGAAAUCGACUAUUUUGGGUAACCCCGUUCCUUCUGAAGAACCAAUUGUUUAUGUUUCUGACAGCACUGGUGCUGAACAUGAUAGACUCGCACUUCCCCUUGAUUAUUCGGUUGAUAUUUCUGCCAGCGUUUCUAAAAUUCGCACCAGCUCCUCUCUUUCCGAUAUGCCAGCAUCUCAAGAUCCAUUCACCCGUGCGGAUCCUAUUGUUACCACCAACCGCCACCUUACAGAUAAUCAAAACUUGGACAUUGAGGCCUAUCCAUGCUUGGAAAACCUAGAUAUGUCAGAGUUCACAUCCAGCUUUGGUCACCGGACUGGAAAAAUGCAACCAAUCUUAAAGAGGCAGGCAAAUAGAUCGAGGAAUGAUACUGACAUUCAUGAUCAGGAUGUAGCUGAGCCUUUUAAUCAUGAUGGGAAUACCCCAUGGUCAGGUCCUGCUUUUACCAACGAUAAUGUCAUUGAACUUUCAUCCAUACGACUAUGUAAAUCUGCUCCUUCACAAUCCACAUCUGAAGUUCUAGAAGAUGAAGUAUGCACGGAUUUUAGGGGGUUUUCCCAUCAAGGUAGUGUUAUUUCAGGAGAAAACUUAGAGGCGGGUCACGAAUUACUUGGAGAACUCGCUUCACCUAGGGCAAAUGCUGAAAAUGAUGAAGUUCACGUGGCAUCAGAAUGUUCAGUACAGCAUCAGGCCUCGAAAUCCAAUGAGACAAUAGUGGCUUGUAGAGUACUUAGAGAACGGAGAAGGCCACUAAAUGGUCACAAACUCAUGGAUGAUUCUGAGGGUGAGGAGGGUCUUGAAAGUGCAGAUCUCCCAGCCGAAUCGCUUUAUAAUCCUAUUGUCAAUGAGGGUGAUAUGACCAACGAGGAAAUUCGAUUGGAUGAUAAACCCCAAAAGCGAAAAUCACCAGACAAGAGGUUUGAGACUGAGAAAGAGAAACCAGUUAGGAAGAGGCGGAAGAAUAAUACUAAAUCAUUAGACGCAGCUAAACCAGGUCCUAAGAGAUUUCCUCACUCUAGUCAGAGGAGAAAAGUUGACAAAGCCUUACUGGAAAUUCCUCAAGACGAAAUAGACAUCCGGAAGGUGAUUUUUAAGGAUGCAAUUAGGCUUAUGGAGCACAAUGAGAGGGUGAAAAAAAAGGAGGCAAAGUCAUUGAAAGAACAGCUUCAGAAUCAGCGGAAUGCUAAUCACACCGUGAAUGACGACGAAGAUGAACCUUUUGGUGAUGUAAGCUAUGAUGAAGAAAGACUUAGGGAUGAAGGUACCUCCAUCAACUAUCAGAGUUUCAUGCACAAAACUCCAAGAUCAAGAUGGUCGAAGCAGGACACAGAAGUAUUCUAUCAGGCUUUGCAGCUGUUCCACACUGAUUUUUCAUGUAUCCAAAGGUGUUAUUUUCGUGACAAGACACCUCGGCAGAUUUUAUCGAAGUACAAGAAAGAACACCAACAGAAUCCUUCACGGAUUCGUGAAGCUCUUAUGAAUCCCGCCAAAGAAAUAGAGAUUUUGAAACAAGUUGCGGCCAAGAUCCAAGAAAUCUGCAGAGCUAAUUCAGCCAGCUUGACAGAAGAGGAAGAUGAAGAGAACCCUGAUGCUGAUGUAAACAUGAAUGAGGAAUCAAAGUCUGAGGAGAUUGAUGAAACAGCAAAGUCUGAGGAGAUCGAUGAAGCCAUUGCUGACGGAACUAUGAGAGCAGAUGUUGAAGAGACUCACGGCUCUACUUUAGAUCUCCAAGAUAGUGACAAUGAUGAUGAUGAUGAUGAUCUCUCCCGAUGGAGCCAAUAUAAGAGUGAUCUCUAAAUGUGAUGGCCAAGUCGGACUUUGUUUUUUUUUGGUGAAGAACUGUAAACUUUGCAUUAGCUCAAAAUAUGGAGUUUGGAGUACAAGCUUCCUACCAAAAAUUGCGCUAUUUACAUCAAAUGUACACUCUAAAACACAUUCUUUCCAUUACGGGAAAAGAUUGUCAAAAAUACUUUGCUCCACUGUUGAGAUUUUCCUGCUGUAGCACAUCUGUACCCUGAUCUUCACCUGCUUCUGGAUUUCUUGGAAUAUGCUGUCCACACUUCUGCUUUGGGUUUUGAAAAUCCUGGAGUUCCUCCCCUCCCAAAUGCUAUAGAUUCCUGUGCCACAACUACAGAAUACAGAUUCCUCUUUUUCAUGUUGGUUGAUUUCCACAUGUAUAGAAUCUCCUUGUGCCAACUACACCUCUGCACUGAAAGUCUUCUGAUACCUAGCCAGCUUUUGAUUUUGUUGAGCAGUUCACUAGAAAACUUGCAGCUGAAAAACAGGUACUCAAGUGACUAUGCCUGAUCCCCACAUAAACAACAUACUGGAUCCUGUACAGGGAUAUUUAGGUGGCUUAGCCAGUCCUUGGUCCAUACUCUGCCUUUCCAGACCAGCCAAGCAAUGAAAGCAUGCUUAGGGAUGUUCAUUCUAGACCAAAUAACAGGAGCAGCAGACAUUUUUUCCCCUACCCCCUGAAGCCAUUUAUACCCAGAAUUGAUGUAAUACACUCCAUUCUUGUUGUGUUUCCAUUUACUCAAAUCAAACUCUUCUUUGGUCUUAUCUCUCAGUUUGAGAAUCUGCUUCCAGGACCAGC